GUCAACCAUAUUCGAUCACACGGAGUUGGCGGAGUACCUCAUUUCAAUGGGUGCAGACAUUGACUACAUAGACUGUAAGGGUCUUUCUCCCCUGCUGCUGGCUACUAACUGUGGAGCCUGGAGAUCUGUGGCUCUUCUGUUGUCCAAAGGUGCCAACGUCAACAUAAAGGACAAGUCAGGAUGUAACUUCCUUCACCUGGCCAUCCUGCAGCCCAAAGGCCUAAAGAACCUCACAGGAGACAUCUUACAGCACAGCAGUAUGAUGGAUCUGUUGAGUACUGAAGACAACGAGGGCUGUACUCCUCUCCACUACGCCUGCAGACUGGGUAUCCACGAAUCGGUCAAGAACAUCCUGGUUCUACAGGUCUCUCUGGACCGCAAGUCCAAGGACAAGAAGUCAGCCCUGCACUUCGCUGCCCAGUAUGGUCGUAUUAACACCUGCCAGCGUCUGCUGGAGACCAUCACAGACUCCCGCCUGCUGAACGAGGGGGAUGAGAGAGGCCUGACUCCCCUACACCUGGCCUCUGGAGUGGACACACCAAAGUGGUGGAGCUGCUGCUUAAGUAAAGGAGCUCUCUUUCACAGGUGCUAG